CAUGCGGUAACUAGAUAUUGCCGUUUGGACAAACCUUAUAUUAUUGUCUAUUACAGUGGUGAUAAAUGUCCAUAUUGAACAGCAAACAACAAGAAAACAAAUCAACUUCAACAACAGAUAUUAGAAUGGCGUAUGUUUUACUGUCCCUCACUGACAUCAGCCGGCAGUCGCUGGGACGAGCUAUGUUUGCUCGUCUUGUGUUAGAAGAUGACGUAAGCAACGCUCAUCAAUUGCUGCAGGACUUCAUCGUAAACUAUCAACUUCCGAAAUUAAUAAAGCUAAGUAUACUACGUGCAUUUAUACUUGCGCUCGACCGUGGCCAUACUUGUCUCUCGGACAAAGACUGCAGCGUCACGUCAUGCAAGAGGAGGUUCUGGGAUGAAACACAUCAUGCACCUGAGUGUCAGUUCUUCAAAUCUGAGACUUCAAUGCACGAAAGACGUUUCCGCGCGACAGCGCUCUCAAGGCAGUGUGUGCAAGUUGUCAUGGCAACCUGGGGUGACACUGUGUUUUCACCGGGUGUGCUCGUCGAAAAUGGAUAUCCCAUCGGGUUAUCACUGCGCAUGCGCCAAUGGCUAGUCAUGUACGCUGUGGACGGGUUUCUGAUGUGCCAUGACAUUUGCCAAAGCUCCUUCCCCAUUACGUCUGGGCCUGACGUCACGACCUUCCAACAAAAAGCUGACCAGUUUCACCUUUGCGCUUCGGUUAAGGAUCUACGCAGGCAGGUAUGCGAGAAGGCAGAAAGAGAGAAGAAAAACAAGACCCCGAUGGUAUUGGAUCUAAGAGCAAGAGAUACCAACGUCCAUUGUACAAGGGCUGCAUUGACCGCCCUCAAGCUUGCGCUAGAGAGAACGAAAUAUCCCGAACCGUCUGAAUACUUGGUCCCCGAACAGACUGUCGGUCCAUUGGGCGCUCCUAAAUCGGUUCCAACGAUAAAACUUGAAGUUGCUGUCAUCGGUUCAAUACACGAUUGGUUCUCGGACGUUCUCCUGAGUGUGUUGCAGAAAUCUAGGAUAGAAGGACUAAAUAUUGAUCUAUCGUCGUUGAGAUUUGAAGACGUAUCUCCUCACACUGCUGGAAGAAUAAUCCGAAGUUUGCCGAAUCCUUCCGAAAUCCGGGAACUUAAUUUUCGCCACGUCGAUCCCCAAUGCUUGUUACAGGCACGUGAUGCUCUGUGCGACGUCACAGGAGUUGAACAAUUCGCCCUCGCUACAUGUGACUAUCACCCAGCUACAUACACCUCAACCGAUACCCUAACACUGUGGAACGAAAUAUUUUCUUGUUGGCCAAAACUGCGGACCUUGGAAUUUUCUGGAAUCCGAAUGUGCUUCCACCUAGCAGAUGGAUCGAUCAGCGGUGUUACCCGUGGCGCUAAAGAAUUUAUCCGCAUCCCGCCGUCGCUUCGUUCCCUAGAGUUCUCCAACGACAGCGUUACAACCGAUGUACUAUUGUGGCUCAACGCUUAUUACGGGAAACGUAAUGAUGACAUCACAAAGGACCUUGAUGACGUAACACGACGUUGCUGCUUACGCACAUUGAGGUUUAGGCAUGAAACCGGGUUGGCAAGGCAACAAACACGUGAUCGUUUGAUGGACGUUUUAACGACCGGAAAACACUUCAUUGAAGACGUCACAAUUCACCAUUGUGGCAUCACAGACGCAGAUGCUGAUGACGUCAUAAACCUAUUUGAUAAAGGUUUGACAUAUUUACGCAGACUUGUGAUUCUCGAACCGGCGUUUUUGUGGAAAACAACAAUCCGUGUUUUUAAGGCAGCAAUGAUAAGAAACAAUCCAGCAAGUUGCAACGAACUUAUUUCUUUCUCGGCCCUAGUUCCACGGGCCAGCGACACAACUGUAGACCCUCAGCUGGUGAGUAUGCAAGCGAAAUUCCCUAUUUCGAGAAACCCGAGGUGCGCGUUUGAAGAAUCUUUACAAAAGCUUGCUAAAGAUCUCGGAUACGAAGGUUUGGAAAUUGAAUUAUUUUGGGAACCAGAAUGUGACUUCAGUUGAUGAUGUCACGUAAACACAAUGUGCAACAAACCAAUUCAUUUAUUUAUAUGAGAACACUUUAUUGAAGCCCAGCAUUUCGUAUUUCUCUUUUUAAUCGUAGCAAUAACUACUAAGUACUGUUGUUGUAUCAUUUUGUUGUAAUGACAUAGUACAUUAACAACUGUGACUAAUGUACUAAUGAUCACUGUUCCGUAUAUUUAUUAAUACACAACCUUUCGUUAUUAUAAACUUGAAUGUGCAGAAUGAAAUAUAUUCCAUAUUGCACAUGUUUGUUAACUUUGAAAAAGCAAUAAAAUACAAAAUCCU